CGGUGCGGAAGUAACGUUAUCCGCAGAAUUAAUGCAACGCACAGUGGAAGGUCGGGUUGUCUCAUGUGGAUUCAUUUCAACGUUACACUAAUUUAACCGAACCAGUCUUCUGAGCCGCUGUUGGUAGUGGUGACCUUUAUGAAAGCUCUGCCUCCUAGCUAACUUUCGUGACUUCGCACUGUAGGGAAAGAAACGUGACAUAAGGUUAACCGUAAAGGUACCGGCCGGAUAGGUUUUAAAUCUGACAGCGCGUGUUAACCGACUCUUCUCUGAUGUCCGCGUCAAAAUGCAAACGGCUCAACGGAGCGCUGGUGAAACAGCUGCUGGACUCAGUGGACAGCGUCCUGUUUGACUGCGACGGGGUCAUCUGGCGCGGGGACCAGGCCAUCCCCGGAGCCUCUCAAGUUAUAAAUCUGCUCAAGGAGAAAGGGAAGAAGGUUUUCUUUGUCACCAACAACAGCAGCAAGACGAGGAAGAUGUACGCCGACAAGAUGUCCUCGUUGGGGUUCAACGUGAAGGAAGACGAGGUGUUCGGGACCGCGUACUGCUCCGCCAUGUACCUGAAGACGGUCUGCAAGCUGGAGGGAAAAGUGUACCUGGUGGGAAGUAACGCGAUGGGACAGGAGCUGGAGGCGGUGGGGCUCCAGCACACCGGGGUUGGACCUGACCACGUCUUCGGGAAGCAGACCGACUGGGCCAACGUGCCUCUGGAUCCCGAGGUGAAAGCGGUGUUGGUCGGUUUCGAUGAACAUUUCAGUUACAUGAAGCUGAACAGAGCCUUGCAGUACCUGACCCAGCAGGGCUGUCUGUUCGUGGGGACCAACAGGGACACCAGGCUGCCCCUGGAGGGAGGCAAGGCUGUCCCAGGUACAGGCUGCCUCCUGCAGGCCGUCGAGACCGCAGCCCAGUGCAAGGCCCAGACGGUGGGCAAACCCAACCACUUCAUGUUCGACUGUGUGGCCUCGCAGUUCAACGUGGACUCCGGCCGCUGCUUGAUGGUGGGCGACCGCCUCGACACGGACAUCAUGCUGGGCUCCAACUGCGGCCUGAAGACCCUCCUCACCCUGACGGGGGUCAGCACUGUGGCGGAAGCCGAGGCGCAUCAGAAGAGCGGGUGUGUGGAAAGGCAGGGGAUGGUGCCGGACUAUUACGUGGAGAGCAUCGCAGACCUCCUACCGGCCCUGCAGGGAUGAAACGUCUGCUGCGGGACUGAAGUGUAGCUGUGUGACAGCCGAGCUGCUGUAACCCUGAGGGGUGUAAGCUAGCCCAUCACACGCCCAGCUGCAUGGUCUUCUAAAAGGGAAUAUUUUUCAUUAACAAUAAAAUCGUCAUCUGUAACAAAGUCACAGCCAAGCAGCAAACUGCUGUGUGACAGGAGACAAAGACUUAAUAGUUAAACUAAAACAUUAUUAAAUCCUGCUAAUUUAAUAUAUUGAUGAUUUAUAUUAAUAACAAAAGAACAAUGAUUUUCAGUAUUGUAUUAAUGUAAUUUAAGUUUUAAAGAGUUUUUGUUUCUUUAUGGGGGAGGAAUGGAGUGAGGUGGGUGUACUUCAGGCCCUUACCCUGUCUGUGAUGCAAUCUCCCCUUAAGCAACCACAAGUCAAACUCAAGGAGGGAAGUAAGCACACACAGUCUCAACAGUUUGGUAAUAUAUGUGUGUGUUGAGGUUUACAGCUCUGUUCCAGAGUCUAUAAAUAACAGGCACAGAACGGGACUAAAAGGCACUGAAAUGUCUGACUUGAGCUUUCUUUUUUAAUGUAUUUUACACACCUCAGCAGGGAGUGCUAACACUUGCAGUAACACUGAUGGGACAGUGCAAUGAUCCCAUUUUUGUCACGUCAGUUCAUUAGUGAAUCAUAGAGUAUCAGAAUGCAUGUUUUAAAGGUACCCUAAUCUUCUUUUUACCAUCUGUUUUUAUUCUGACUUGUCCUUGACUCCCCUGAAACACUGGCAGCAAUGCUCAAAUAUGUAAUAAAACAUAAACUACCUUCACUAAA